CAUUAGAGCUUUCAUCCUGUGAAAGCUGGUCAUUUCUCUGCUUUCAAUCUAGUUUUAGUUUAUUAUGAAGUAACAACGAAUCUCUAAUUCUGUACGGAAAUAUUCACAAGGCACCUCACCUCGCCACUGUGGGCUUUGCGCCUGGCGUCAUCGCGCAGUAAUGAAGCUCCAGCAGCAGCGCCGCCUCUGCGCUUAGCCAGCACGGUAAGGGCAGGGUGGUGAGACUGAGCGCUGCUGGCUUUUCAAAUUUCAAUAUUUCAUGCCGUUUCCAGACGGAUAAUUGUGUGUAAACAACACGGUCCUGAAAGAGAAGGCAGUCGAGUGGAAAGACAGAAUAAGCGUUGUUUAUUUCUUUUUAUUUGACACCUCCUGCCUAUUCUGCCCCGUGCGCUCUGCUGGAAGUUGUGACCAUGCUGACGGAGAGACCCAGGAAAGCUGUGUAGUAGAGACUGGACUGUGAGGCAGCGAGCUGGGGGACUGUCUAGAGCAUAGUGCACCACCAAGUGGAGGAAUCGCACUGGAAGAGGAGCAGCCGAGAGUAAUGAUCUGCAAUGGUUAGAAGCUCAUCGCUGGCGGUGGAACAGUAGUGUUCAAACUCAAGCGGAGAGCCUUGUGUUUUUUGGGGUAUGCGCAUCUCCACCAGGCGGGUUGCCGUGGCAGCAGGCUGCGUGGCCGGCAUGCUGCUGAUGGUGCAUGUGUGCCAGCAGGUCCUGGAGUGCCAGCGGGAGGAGGAAUACAAGAAGGGCUCGGGCGCGGUGAUGCGGCCGGAGCAGGACGGCCUGUCUGUGGUGGACUGGCAGCGCGUGGAGUACCACUACAACAAGGACAUGCCGCUGAUCUUCGUGGGCGGGGUCCCUCGUAGCGGCACCACCCUCAUGCGGGCCAUGCUGGACGCGCACCCCGAGAUCCGCUGCGGGGAGGAGACCCGCAUCAUCCCACGCCUACUGUCCAUGCGCCAGGCCUGGUCCAAGUCCGAGCGGGAGAAGAUGAGGCUGGACGAGGCGGGAGUGACAGAUCAGGUGCUGGACUCUGCAGUGCAGGCUUUUAUCCUGGAGGUGAUCGCCCGGCACGGAGAGCCGGCCCAGUACCUCUGCAACAAGGACCCCUUCACCCUCAAGUCCUCCCUCUACCUCUCCCAUCUGUUCCCCAACUCCAGGUUCCUGCUGCUGCUCCGCGAUGGCCGGGCCUCGGUGCACUCCAUGAUCAGCCGCAAGGUGACCAUCGCAGGCUUUGACCUGAGCAGCUACCGCGACUGCCUGGUCAAGUGGAACAAGGCAGUGGAGGCCAUGUACUCUCAGUGCCUGCAGGUGGGGCCGGCCCGGUGCAAGCCGGUGCACUACGAGCAGCUGGUGCUGCACCCGCGCAGGUCCAUGCAGGAGAUCAUGCGCUUCCUGGAGAUCCACUGGGACGAGGCCGUGCUGCACCACGAGGACGCCAUCGGCAAGCCUGGCGGAGUCUCCCUCUCCAAGACGGAACGCUCCACGGACCAGGUGAUCAAGCCCGUGAAUCUGGAGGCGCUGUCCAAGUGGGUGGGGCACAUUCCCGUGGACGUGAUGACAGACAUGGCCGAGAUCGCGCCCAUGCUGACCCGGCUCGGGUACGACCCCAACGCCAACCCGCCCAACUAUGGCAGCCCGGACCCUCUCGUGGUCAAUAACACUCAGCGGGUAAUGAAGGGAGAUUUUAAAGCGCCGGCCAAUUUAAAAGGACAGCCUCAGGCGAUGCAGAACACAUCCGAGACGCAGCGGUGAAGCGGGGGAAGCGGAACACAGAGUCCCGAAUCGCAGUCUCCGAUUCCAGCCACCUGCACAGGAAGCGCGGCCCCGCCCUGGCCCACAGCACUUCCACGCAGCUCUUUGGAAUGUGUAUUUUUAUUUUUAAUUUCUUUUGCUUUUUUUUUUUUUUUUUUUAAUUCAAUCUUCAUGGGAGAGAACCAUCUAUCACAAAGUGCACCGGAGCAGUUGGAUUUCAAACACACGUCCUGCCUCUGCGGAGAGAAGGGUGUGUGAGCUGUGUGCACUCAGAGGCAGGAGCCCUGCCUGUGUGCUCUGCACUGCACUGCCUUGCAUUUGUGAAGGACUGAACUGAUUGUGUGGAGACCUCACCUGCGUGUGAGGGUUUUAAAUGUUUCUAUUGUGUACAGGGUGAUCCCUCUAGAGGAGCCCUCUAACAGUGUUCCUUGCAGGUGUCCCACAUCAGUUUACACCAAUGCGCUCUGAAAGGGGCAGCAUUAUUAAACGGGUCUUGUUUAGGGAACUCCUGAAUCUCAGAAGACUGUAUCUUAUACAUUUGUAUUAAAAAAAAAAGAGAGAAACUUCUGAACCUCAAGGGUUAAAGCCAGUCUUUACUCUUUUUAGCUGAGCACCCUGCAGGAAGUAAGUAUAGAACCCUUUGAAAGGUGUCGAAUGUUCUCGUGUCACAUGACUGAAGCAGUGCUGCUUGUCUCCUGUCUCGUGAACACCCUUUCCCUGGAGUGUGUCUGUACCGCUGACAUGCAGACACACCCCAAUCACAGGACACUGACACUGAUCACUCUGACAGAUACAGGUCAUGUCCAGCUGUUAAUAAUGCUGGAGAGCAGCAAAGCUGAGGCUGGCCCUCUGCUGAGCUGUUCAUCUGGGCAGCUGGGGCUCAGUCACUGGACCUUAACCUCUGGGAAGUGUUCCCUGGAGGACUUAGAGAUAAUCCCAACCUCGACCACUGAUAAACCUGCCUGCAGUUUUGUAUUUUCUUUUUGCAUUCCGAUUUUGAUUAUAAAUUAUGUAUGGAAAAUCAACCAAGCACUGUUAGUGAUUUUUCUAAAUUCUAUUAUGUCUUUGUGUGUAUAGAUGCCACACACAUGAAGAAUUCAUACAACACGAAUGAGACCUGAGGUUAUGGAUCAAAUAAAAUCUUGUUUUGCACAACUA